AUGCUGAAUGACCGAAUGGGAAUACACAGUCGAGCAAAUAGUACUGUCAACCGUAAUGGCGAGGCACGACCUUCAAGUGCUUCGCGCAGUUCUCCACUUCAACCCACGAAUCCACCCAGCUCAGGCAAUACUGAAAAGGGAAAACUAGGAGGUAUAUUCACGGGCAUGAGCAGUUCAAAAAACACCCCUUUGAACGAUAAAACAGCAUUUUCAGUCACUCCUAUUCCAACAGCCAAUACCGUAUCCAAUCCAUCUCAAGGAGGUAUCAAAGGGUCAGAUAUACUAAAAUUCUCCGAGGAUAAUUUCGAUGUCGAACUCUAUGUACGCGGAAUGCUUCAACAUCUCCCCAACGAAGAGGCGAUCCAGCAGCUCUAUCACUCCCUUGCAGAUGCAAAAGAUUUGGCUGCUACUGACUUGCAAUGCAACGUGUAUCGCAACUACAACGAUUUUGUUGUGAUUUCUAAAGAAAUAUCAAAACUUGAAAGCGAUAUGCUUUAUUUACGAGAAUUGUUGACGGAUUUAAAAGAUGUUCAGGAUAAUUUACGUCCUGUGUCGGAUCCUGAAAAUGAUACCGAGUUGGUUCAGAUGGCUGACGAUUCACUUGCUUCUCCAGAACAAAAACGUGCUGCCAUGGCAGAAGCGUUGGCUAAACAGCGUGUUCGCGAGGAAGAGUUGAUUGAAAGCCGUGAAGCACAAAUGAAACUUCUUUACACCAAUAUCGAUGGACUACAGAAAAUUUUGCCCGAAUCCAAGCAGCGUUAUCUUGUCAGAGAUGGUAGCAAAACACAUUACUGGGAAGUCAGUACAACCACAUUCAAACAAAAAGAUAUGGUGCACUUGUAUUUAUUUAAUGAUACGCUAGUUCAAGUCAGUUGGAAAAAAAGCAUCAUCACCGGAAAAGCCCGCAUGUUUGCUGAAAUAGCAUGGGGAUUGAGCGAGAUUGGCUUUAUUGACAUGAAGGAUUCUCCAGAUGUUUCCAAUGCAUUCAAAAUUGUUCGACAUCCAGAUGCAAGUAUUUAUCGCACAGAGACUCUUGAGGAAAAACGAGCCAUUCUUGCUUCAAUCAAACGCAUCACAGAUGAUAUUCUUGUACAGCGUAGAAAAGAAAAGGAUCAAGUCAAAAAUGCUGCCAUUUCAAAGGCAAAUACCAUGACUGCAUUACUUCCAAACAGCAACAUGGAUCAAUACAAGAAUAUUUCUGAUCAACUUCCAGUAAAAGAUAAUCUCAGUGCCACGGAUUACCGUUGGCUGUUGGAGCUGCCUGACGAGUUGGAUGUUCUUGUAGCACAUCGUGAUUUUGACAAUUCCGUAGCAAAUCUUGAAAAAGGCAAGUUGGUUUUAAAUUUUAUCAAUACUACAAGAAAGAUUCUAUCGGGAGUUGAUAUCAAAACUCCACGUGUGCAAAUGCUGCGAGCAUCGGUAGAAAAUCGUAUAGAAAUAUUGGCCAAAUUAGUCACUUCUGAUCUUGCUAGUCCAGUGUCUACAAAAUCGCAGGUUCAAGAAAAUAUUGAUCGACUAUUGCGUCUUGGACUUGGCGAUCAAGCUAGAGAUAUUUUCUUGACAGCACGUACAAAGACCAUUCGCCACCGCACACGACAUUUGAAAUUUGAUGGCGAUGUUGCAGCCUACAUGUGCGAUCUUGCAGAAGUGACGUUUAGGCUGAUUCGAAACACUUGCGAUUGGUAUGGCGGAUCAUUCAGGGACACCACAAUGGCUUCAGGUUUUAUGAAAUGGGUUACUUUAGAAAUUGUAUACUUUACAGAUAUUCUGCGCCGUCAAGUGUUUAAUUCUCGCCAAAGCUUCUCUGUUAUUGCUGAUUGUCUUUCCAGUGCUUUAGAUCAAUGUCAACAGCUACGUGAUGUGGGUCUUGAUUUAGGAUUUUUAAUUGAUCAAAUCGUAUUUGGUGACAUUGAAAAGGCAAUUGAAAAUCAUUCCAAAUCACUUGAAGAACUCGUUAUUCAAGCAAUAGAAUGUGACACGUAUGAGUCUUUAGAGCCUCGUAUAGACUUUUUUGAAGAACGUGGCCUUGUUUUUGAUGCAGAAAUUCCAAGAAUGAGUGAAAGUGCUUAUCAGCUAUUUACUAUUCUGACCGACUUUGCAUCAGAUGUGGGUGCCCUUAUGUCCAUGACGAUUUGUGUGGUCUUGUCCAACAUUACUUUUGUGGUGGAACAAAUGCUGCCAAAAGUCAAGAUCCAGCUCGAGGAGCAAUUUGAACGAGUGAUUCCUGAACUAGAUGAAGAUUGUAUACGUCAUAAGGCUUCGCUUGAAAAAGUCAAAACGGUGUUUGUAGAAAGUAGUUGUUCCAAUUUGAUCAAAAAUGAUUACAAUUUUUCCAAAGUCGACUAUUCAAAUCUUUCGGUUGGGCUCAACAAACUUUUGAUGAACAUGGAUGCAACUCUUGAUUGUGUUUUACUCGUAGGUCGCGUUAUCCAACUGCUUUUUGAUAAAAUGGUCAAUACAAGUGCAGGUUGGGAGACUGAAAAAGGUCCAAGAAAGUUUGGAUUUGGAGGUGUUCAAUCCCUUCUUCUAGAUAUACACUUUAUGCUUCGAGUUGCCGAAACGUAUAUUACUGAGGAUGCAAACAAAAAUGCAAACAGUGUAUGUGAAAUGGCACUCCGAGCUUAUUUUGUUCAGAACAAGGAUCUGAGCGUACCGCUUAAAACAGGCGAAUGGUACGACAAACGAGUAGAUGAAGCAGUUCGUAAAUUUGGAAAGAAUUUGGCAUUGCUGACUACAGGAAACACCAUGUCCUUGAAUGCAAAGGCUAAACAAAGCUCAUCAUAA